GAAGAAGAAGCCGUUGUAGAGGAUGAAGACGGAGGGCACAUGGUCUGUUUUGUUUACCGUGUGAAUGUUUAAAAAUUCCUUCGGUCCAGCUUAAACAAGUUCAUGAACAAGUGGUUAAGUGCUGCGGAAGAAACAUUCACAGAGUUUAACGAAGUAACCGUCGAGUCGGAGGAAGAGAUGGACGAUCAGCGCAGACUGCUGGCUUUUUUCCGGACUCCCCAGAUAAUCUUACACCGAAUAGAUCGCCAACGACAUAACGUUUAUAAGAAGCUAUGUGACCUGGAGAGGAGCUCCACUCUGGACCAGGAGGAGUUAGAACCUCUGCAGGGGAAACAAGAACAGGAAGAGCCAGAUGAUCAACAGAGAAAAGAAGAGCAGGAGGUUCUAAAACAUCAGCAGAAAAAAGUGGAAAAGAAAGAAGUUUACUGCAGUCAGAGUGAAGAACAGGUUGCAUCAAAACAGGAGACUGAUACCUUCAUGGGGGCUACUGUUUAUGAGCAAACACAAGACUCUGAAUCAGAACCAAAUGGGAACCAAGUCAACUUCCAGGAAGCUGCUGCAGCUGAGAAGAAAAAUCAGGAAAGAAGCAAACCUUUCUCAUGUGUCAUCUGUGAAAAACGUUUCACUGCCAAAUAUUCUCUCAAUGAUCAUAUUAGAAUUCACACUGGUGAAAAGCCGUUUCUAUGUGUGAACUGUGGAAAAAGUUUUAGUCGAAAACAGAAUUUAACUCAGCACAUGAUGAUUCACACUGGUGAAAAGCUGUUUUCAUGUGGGAACUGUGGAAAAAGUUUCAGUCAUAAACAAAAUUUAACUCAGCACAUGAUGAUUCACACUGGUGAAAAGCCGUUUUCAUGUGGGAACUGUGGAAAAAGUUUUAGUCGAAAACAGGAUUUAACUCAGCACAUGAUGAUUCACACUGGUGAAAAGCUGUUUUCAUGUGGGAACUGUGGAAAAAGUUUUAGUCGAAAACAGGAUUUAACUCGGCACAUGAUGAUUCACACUGGUGAAAAGCUGUUUUCAUGUGGGAACUGUGGAAAAAGUUUUAGUCGAAAACAGGAUUUAACUCGGCACAUGAUGAUUCACACUGGUGAAAAGCCGUUUUCAUGUGGGAACUGUGGAAAAAGUUUUAGUCGAAAACAGGAUUUAACUCGGCACAUGAUGAUUCACACUGGUGAAAAGCUGUUUUCAUGUGGGAACUGUGGACAAAGUUUUAGUCGAAAGCUGAAUUUAACUCAGCACAUGAGGUGUCACACUGGUGAAAAGCCGUUUUCAUGUGGGAACUGUGGAAAAAGUUUUAGUCGAAAACAGAAUUUAACUCAGCACAUGAUGAUUCACACUGGUGAAAAGCCGUUUUCAUGUGGGAACUGUGGACAAAGUUUUAGUCGAAAGCUGAAUUUAACUCAGCACAUGAUGAUUCACACUGGUGAAAAGCCGUUUUCAUGUGGGAACUGUGGAAAAAGUUUUAGUCGAAAACAGAAUUUAACUCAGCACAUGAGGUGUCACACAGGUGAAAAGCCGUAGAACUAUUUUCCAUAUUUGUCCUAUGUUGAGGUUCAUUAUAAAAGUCAUUUAGAUGAAAACUGGAGGGCUUUCUUGUUUAUAAAGUGGGAAAAUGGUUUAAGUUUCUAAUUUGUAAAAUGUGAUAAUUUGGAUCUUGGCAUUUGGAUACUUAGAGAUGUACAAUAUGAAUUUGAAGUAUUGAUUUGCAUUAUUCUGUAUGGAAAGAAUGAGUGGGGUGAAUGAGGUUUACUUUAAUAAAUUUUUAAUCCAAAAUAAAAUGUGCUGUUGUGCAUUCUUUGUAGAUUUUCAUUACGGUAAUUGUUUUGCACUUUGAAAUUUACUGUAUUAAAAAAAAUCUUUGAUAGGUUUGUCUUUAAAGCAAAACUAGACUGAAACUGAUGCUGUUAUUUGUUUCAAAUUAUAUUAACCAGUCUAUAUAAAAGCUUUUCAAAUAAAUUAAUAUGUCCUUUUGCUUAGAAAAUGCAAUAUACAUAUUUUCCGUCAUUGAUUGUGCUUGAUUGUACAAAGUAUGUGUGAUUAUUCUCUCCAAUAAUUUGGUGUGUAGCUUGUCGUAGUUGUAUAAUUUUUCUAUUUUCUGCUGUGGCUGUUUUCUAUUAAAGAUCACUAUCUUUUCUUAAA